AUGUCGGAUGCGUCCAAGGAGCAGUCUUCUUCACAGUCUCAGGCUGAUCGCUCCAAGGCGCAAGCCGAGCCCUCCGCGACCAAACCCGCGACUUCUAGUCCCGAUACUAACUUGAAGAGCAGCGUGGACGCGUCCCAGACCUACAAUGACGUUGGUGGAUUGGGCGGCAAGGAAGAAAAAAGUAGAGAAGACGAGGCCGCAGGGACCACCGCCGCCCCCUCACAACCUGCUCCUUCCGAAUCACAGAUCCAACUAAAUCGAUAUCGAGAGCGAUUGGCACGAGAUCUGGAGAGGCGUGAGAUGGUGACGAGAGGGCUGACGGCGACCACCCCCGAAAAGAUGCGCGUGUCACCGAUUCUGGAGGAGAGUGGCAAUUCGCCGCGCAGCAACAUUGCCGCCAUGUCAACAUCAUUGUCAAACCUUACAACAACUUCCACCGAGUCUGGUAAUACCGUCCGCGGCGGCAUGGCGCCAGGAAAUGUCGCCGGCACCCCAUCCUACCCAUUUCCGCGCAUGCACACCCCGGGCUACGGUCCCAGCUCAAUGAAUAGGGCGUUUGGAAAUAUGUCACCAACUGCCGCCGCUUUCAUGUCGCAGACUAUGUCGUUUGAGGGCUUUGGGUCCGCUCAGGAUAGAGUGUUGUCCGGCUCAUCGACGCCCGCAUCGGCGCUCACUUUUCUUCCCGCCGGAGCCACCGGUCAGUUGGAGGGCGACUUUCCGAGCCCGAAUCUAUAUGACUUGUCACUAAUGCUCACCGCCGAGCCGGGACUGGAUGCCUGGUGGAACACUGUCGUCCAGAUCAUGAGAGACGUGUACAAAGCUGAGCGAGUCACGCUUGCUGUACCAGCCGACUCUACCGACAUUGAGAAUGUGCCCUGGGGCCAGAAGGCGACGUACAAUGAGCACCAAGAGGACGAACUGAGCCUCGGGUACAUGGCCAGAGGCAGCAGUCUUAUCCCCAGCAGCGCAGGCGAUGUCGGCUCCGAAGAAACUCCUUCCGCGUCCGAGGAUCCUGCGCGCCCAAGGUUGCUGUCUCGCCCGAGCCUGCAGACACGCCACUCGUUCACUGCCUACGAGGAUAAUAGAGAACGCAAAGGAAACAAUGACAGGCUUCUACCAUCGCGCCGCCCAACACAGCUUGGCAGGAGCAAGAGCUACUUCCCGCCUGGUCAGGCGUCGCAAGAGGACGCAGAGGCUUCCCAGCAAAACGUGGAGGCGCCGGGCCCAGUACUGAACAAGUCGGCACUCGCCGAACAUGAUGCCGAGGAGCAGAACAUCCCGAGCUGGGAAGCCCCCCUAGCCAACACUAAUACCGCAGGGAGGGUACUCCCCGUGCUUCAAGCUCUGGACUACGAGGCCGACCCUCUUAUUCACCACAGCGGUGUUAUGCGUGUUCUGGAGCGUGGCAAGGUGAUUGCACUGACGAGGAGUUAUCCGUAUUUGCAGAACCUGCCGGAAGAAAUGCAUAUCAAGUCCAAGGUGACGGCCAACACGACCUCAGCAGAGGCAGCAAGGAAGAAACUAAGGAAGGGUAGGAUUGAGUCCAGCUCAAAGUUGUCGUCAAUUCUCGGCGGCGCAAACUCAUCAUUCGGCUCGAACCGCAGCCACAGCAGUGACAAACCGUCCAGCAUGAUCUCCCGGCUUGAUGACGGUGAGCCACGACCGCCGACACCUAAAUACGAAGAAUUUGAGCAGGCUCCGCCAUCCCCGUGGUCUCAGUCACCAGCCCCCUCGCCGGCGGUGCGUGCAGAUCCUACGGAGAACCCCUUUUUCACCGACGCCAUGGUCGACGAGGACUCUUUUAACCCUGAUUCUGCCCCGACUGACUACACCGGAAUGCGGCCGCCAGAAGCCAUCGGCGUGGACAAUUCGUGGACCGUCCUCCACAUUCCGCUGACGCACGUCCUUCUAUCAAAACCUGCCCGUCCUUUCAAGCUCAACAACUCAAUAUUGGAACAAAAAUCGCAUUCCCGUAGUUGGAACGAAGCACCAGAGCCCUCAGCAGAUGAAGACGAUGCCGAGGCCUCCUGGCAGCGAAAAGACAGGCCGGCACCCAUCGCCAUCCUCUCGAUACUUAGUCCCAUCAUCCCAUACCCCUCAAACCUUCGCCAUUCGCUGGAAUACCUCGCCCCGCACCUGGCAACAUCCUUCUCUUUGUGUCGUCAUUACACAAACUUGGAGACAGAGCUCACCGGCCUUCACCGCCGUAGGCCUCACACGGCUGGGUUUGGUGCUCUUGCAGCCGAUGGCCGCCCACUGGCGGACCCUGCCAGCAUCGGCAAUCUGAGCUUCAUGCCCUCGGAUGACAUCGCUGCCCAACGUUCGUUGGCGGGCAGCAUCACGAGCCCUAGCGACUACUCCGGUAUUUCCAAAAGCGCCACUGGCUCCCCAAUUGGUACGCCUGGCUGGGAUCAGAGCUCUCUACACCAGCUUAUCGACAAGCGAGGUUCCGCAACCAGUCCCGCGCAAACUAGCGGCGAUGGCUACUUCAACACGAAACAGAAAUCGGCUGCCUCAAGGGUGGAAUCGUCAACAAACUCACAGACGACGAGGAGGGGUUCAAAGGGGGAAUCGCCUGUCGACAAGCGUCAAGCUCCUCUCUCUGCGACGCACAGGCCCCGUAUCCAGGAAACCUCUCAGCCACUGGGGGAGAGCCCAGAGGUCGCAGAGAAGAACACGGAAAGCCGGGCUUCCACGCCUGGAGGCGCCAAACGGGUCCUUUCACACGAGCUGAAGAACUACCUGGACGAGAUCGCUGUGCUAGAACCCCGCCUCAAGCCAGUCGAACACAAGGGCGGAGACCACAGUCACCACACACUAUUGCACUCAUAUGGUGCCGACUUUGCGACUAGUUUCCAGUCUUUACCACCCAGCUCGAGCGUAGUCAGCAGGCCAGUGCCCCAUACCGCGCCCUCCCGGACGGGCUCAUUGUCGCAAGGCCCAGUUGAUAUGCCACCGCCGUCGGACCGGCUCAAGGGUCUCAUACUCGACUCUCUACCCGCCCACGUGUUUGUCUCGCUACCGCAGACAGGCGAGAUCGUAUGGGUGAACAGUCGCUAUUUAACAUACCGUGGGCAAACGGUCAGCGACCUGGCUGCUGACCCCUGGGGGAGCAUUCACCCAGAUGAUAGAGAUGAAUACCUCAAGGCGUGGAGCCACUCAUUGCGGACUGGAGAGCAGUUCUCGAGGACUGUUCGUAUCAGGCGGUUUGAUGGGGCGUACCGAUGGUUCUAUGCGCGUGCAGUUGCAUCACGCGAUAAACGGGGCGUCAUGAUGCAAUUCCUCGGUUCAUACAUGGAUAUCCACGACCAGCACAUCGCAGAGCUAAAGGCUGCGCGGCAAGAGGAGAUUGAGGCCUCUGAAGCCAAGCACAGAUUACUGGCCAAUCUCAUCCCCCAAAUCAUAUUCACUGCUACCGAAGAUGAAGGCAUCACGUUUGCCAACGAGCAAUGGCUCUCAUAUACCGGUCAGAGCUUUGAAGACUCCCUAGGAUUGGGCUUCAUGGACUUCGUACACCCCGACGACUUGGCCAAGUGUCAGAUACCAACAGACCGGCCACCAACCCCGAUGCCUUCCAAAUUCGAUCGCAAAGGCCACCAAGAACUAUCCGAGGCAAUGCCGACCAGCGUCGUGUCAAGUAAAGUGCAGAGCCAGCUGGAGACGAACCUUAGGGGCAUCCACCAAGCACUGUCGCGAAAUAACAGUUCUAGUAGCAGCUCGGUCUACGAGAUGCCUACCGCUGACAUCACAGUGUUGGCAAGGCAGGGCGUUAUCAAGGUGACUACCGACAGCAAUGGCAGACUCUCGUACACCACGGAGGUACGGUUGCGGUCCAAGAACGGCGAGUACAGGUGGCAUCUGAUCCGCUGCGUUGAGAUUGACAACAUCGACUUUGGGAACGGAGCCAGCUCGUACUUUGGCUCAGCCACGGAUAUUAACGACCACAAGCUGCUCGAGGCAAAGCUCAAGGAGGCUAUGGAGUCCAAGAGCAGGUUUCUUAGCAAUAUGUCACAUGAGAUUCGAACACCACUUAUUGGCAUUUCUGGCAUGGUCAGCUUCCUGCAGGACACCGUCCUGAAUGAGGAGCAGCGCGACUACACCAACACGAUCCAGACAAGCGCCAAUAGCUUGCUAAUGAUUAUUAACGACAUCCUUGACUUGUCCAAGGUGGACGCCGGUAUGAUGAAGCUCAAGUAUGAGUGGUUCCACACACGCUCCCUCAUUGAGGACGUCAAUGAGCUGGUGUCCACCAUGGCUAUUGCCAAGAGGCUGGAACUGAACUACAUUGUCGAAGAGGAUGUGCCGGCAUGGGUCAAGGGCGACAAAGUCCGCAUUCGCCAGGUCCUACUCAACGUUAUCGGAAAUGCCAUAAAGUUUACGACAGAGGGUGAGGUGUUCAGCCGGUGUAGGGUUUACAAAGAUGGAGCGUCGUCCAACCUUGAUAAUGAGAUUGUGCUCGAGUUCGCUAUCAUCGACACGGGGCGUGGAUUCACCAAGGAAGAGGCCGACCUCAUUUUUAAGCCAUUCAGCCAGAUCGACGGCAGUAGCACGAGGCAGCACGGCGGUAGUGGCCUCGGCCUCGUCAUUUCAAGGCAAUUGGUGGAGCUUCACGGCGGUAAGAUGGAAGGAAGCGCAGUCCCCGGCAAGGGUUCGACGUUUACCUUUACCGCCAAGUUCGCUCUGCCGACCAAGGAAGAUCAUCCCGACGCACCCUUGAGCCCGGAGACACUCGACACUCCGGCUGAGACCGCCCAAGAGCUAAGCGUGCAUCGUCCUGCGAAGACCCUACAAUCGCCCAGGGCAGCAUCAACCAUUAGUCCGCGGGCCGAACCCGGGUUCGUGUCACCGGCCCUGGCUUCUAGCGGAAGUUCGGAUCCUUCGGUACGGUCCAGCAUCUCUCAAACUACGGAGCGUACGUCCGUGUCAUCAGUCAACGUCGGUCUUGUCCACUUCAGUGAGGCUGCCCGCGCGAGUGGCCAAGACUUGUCGCAGAUGAAGCUGGAGCUGCCCUCGGGCGAGUCCUCGCCAGGAACGACGCCAACGCCAGAGACUGCCAAGCCCGGAAAAACUGAAGACCUCAAGCCGCCCAUGUACUCCAUCCUCAUCAUCUGCCCGCAGACCCACAGCCGUGAGGCCACUGCACAGCACAUUGAGAUGACGCUGCCCAAGGAUGUGCCCCAUCAGAUCACCGCCCUAGAUUCAACCGAAAAGGCACAGAGGUUGCUAGGGGAAGGUGACUCGGUUAACUUCACGCAUAUUGUCAUCAAUUUGCCGUCCCCGGAAGAGAUUAUUGGUCUGAUGGAACAGAUCAUUAGAUCGACGACAAUCAGGGAUACGACCAUUCUCAUUCUGUCCGACUCGGUCCAGCGGCAAGCCGUGAUGAGGCUGGCGACUGACACAGAGUACGAGAGGCUCGUGUCGGAGAACAUUGUGACGUUCAUUUACAAGCCGGUCAAACCCUCACGAUUCGCUGUCAUUUUCGAUCCUGACAAGGUGCGCGAUCUCAGCAUCGAUCGCAAUCGCUCCACCGCACAGCGAAUGGUUGAGACCCAGAAGGCGAGCUAUCAGGAGAUUGGCAAGCGUAUGGGCAACAAGGGGUAUAAGGUGCUACUGGUUGAGGAUAAUCCUGUUAACCAAAAAGUCCUGCAAAAGUAUCUGAAGAAGGUAGGGGUGGAUGUCGAGGUGGCCGCAGACGGAGUCGAGUGCACCGACAUGGUAUUGGCCCGCUCGCACAACUAUUACUCCUUAAUACUGUGCGACCUACAUAUGCCACGCAAGGACGGCUACCAGGCCUGUCGGGAGAUCCGACAAUGGGAGAGGGAAAGGGGCUUCAAAAAACUACCCAUCAUUGCGCUGUCGGCCAAUGUCAUGUCCGACGUCCACGACAAGUGCGUAGCGGCCGGAUUCAGCGACUACGUCACGAAGCCUGUCGACUUUAUCGACCUCAGCAGAGCGAUGUCCAAGUUCUUCUGA